AUCGUUAAGUGCGACACCUACCGGAAAAAGUAUUAAUGGCCGCUAAAACUUCGUCUACAACUUAGGAAACAGACACAAGUCGUUAGAAAUGGCAGACGACGAAAGAAUACAGAAAUUGAAAGCUGGUAAACAAAAGUUGGCAGAGUUCCAGAAAAAAAGAAAGAAGAAGAAAACUGUGUCACCGGGAGAUGACAGGGAAGAUGUUGCCAUGGGAAUUAGCCAGAGUGAGGCUUCACUGUCCAGCUCAGGAGAUGUGUCCUUGUCAGAUAGUGACCAAGGCAACACAGAGAGCAGAUCUGAUGACACACGGACACUUCUGAAGACCCAGACGUCUCUUUACGCUGCGUACGACAGAAUCGAGGAACUGGAGGAAAGUCUGACUGGAAAACAACUGGCCCUGGAUAAAGUCAUCUCAGAGAACGACCAACUACAGAAAAAAAUCCAGGAUUCAAAGUUGACUGAACUUGAGGCGGCCGUUAAGAAGAGGGAGGAGCUGAUUGUCCAGCUGUCGUCUGCUCUACAGACCGUGACCAAUCAGGCCCCCACCGACACCAUAGCAACGGAAAUGGCCCAGGAAGUUCAGCAUCUCAAGAACCAACUACAAAAUGCCAGUAAACUUCUCGAGGUCCAGUCAGAAAAAUACAACUCCACAACUCAGACACUGCAAGAGGCAAAGGCAGAAAUAGCAGUCCUCCAGAAAAAUCUCAGGGAGAGGGACAAAGGUCACCAGGUCAUAGGGUCACCAGCAACCAAUCAGGAGGCUCUCCAACAAGGUCAUGACCCAAGAUCCUCAGCAGCCAAUCAAGAGGAGCUAUCACAGCUACAGCAUGAACUCCAAGAGGCCAAAACACAGAUUGCCACAUUACAGAAACUGACAAGGGAAACAGGAAGUGAUGAAAUAACGACACAGAAUCAGGGUCAGCUGGAGGCUUUACAGGAAGUUGUCAGAAGUAAAGACAAUCAGAUUGCUGAGUUACAGUCCACAGUGUCUCAAAGUGAAAGUGAGAGUGAAAAACUUAAAAACAAUGUUAGAAAUCUUGAGUCCAGUCUCUCAGAAUUGAAUGAUCUCAAGCAGAUAAACGAGAAAUUAAAAAGUGACAUUGAAAAUAUGGAAGAACAGAGUUUAGUAGAAGUGCAGCAGCUAAGGAAUGAGAAUGUGGAAUUAAAAGACAAUGUUAAAAGUCUGAAUGAAAAGAAUGCCAAAGAAACUGAGUGUUUGAAAAUUGAAAAUCAUGAGCUGAAACUUCAAAUUAUUGAUCUAGAAGAAAAUGUGAAAGUGACAGAAGAAGUGAAAGUAAAAGAUGAAAUGGUAGCGAAAGAAGCAGAGGAAUUGAAAAUGAAAGUAAAAGAAUUAGAAAAUCAAUUGAAAUUAACAAAAGAAACAGCAGACAGUGACAGUGGGGAGUUAGAUCUUCUGAAGGCAGAUUAUGAACUCCUGACAGACACACUAAAACUAAAAAACGAAAGAAUCCUGGAGUUGGAAGAAGCAUUGACUGAGAGCAAGCAUGAAAUUGAGAUGGAGCUUCUACGUGGUGACAACGAGAGACUCUCUGAAGAAGUCAUACAGCUGGAGGAAAAGUUAGAAAGCUCUGAAAAAAAUAUUGCAGAGAAAGGGAGAAGACUGGAAUCAUUUUGCGUCGAGAGAGAUAUGUUAGUGGCAAGUCUCGAGGAAAAAGAUGAACAACUUUCCAUGCAGGAGUCCAACAUUGUAGAGCUUCAGCGAGAAAAAGAACAGCAGGCUUUGGAAUUGGACCAGUUAAAUGAGGAUUUGGAGAAUGCUUUAUUAAAAUGUAAACGAAGUGAAGAUUUAGAACUUCAGUUAGAGGCAAUUGUAUCUCAGCUGGAUUCAAUUCAACAGGAGUGUCAGUGUUACCGCAUUCAGAAUGAUGAACUUAAAAAUAGAAUCAACGUCCAACAGGACUUAUAUCUUAGUCAGCAGUACCAGAUCGAAGUGGCUGGGAGUGAAAAGGAAAAGCUGCUGCAGGAAAAUCUCAGACUGGGGAGUGAAAAAGAAGAGCUCACUUCAGAAAUACAGAGACUCACAGAGGAGGUGGAAAAUUUUUCCAAGAAAGAUCUGGAUGAAUUAGAAUUCGAGAGAAAUGAAAACCAAGAGUCCAUGGAGAAAUCUGUGUCUAAAAUUCAUGACUUAGAAACCACAGUCCAACAUCUAAAAGAAGAGAAUUCAGCUUUUAAGACCAAAGUUCAGACUUUAGAGGAUCACAUUCUCCGACUUCAGAAAGAUCUGCAAAAUUCCCAGGAUGAGAAGUGGGCUGAAAUUGACCAGCUUCACGACUCCUAUAAACAAGAACUGCUAGACAAAGAUGAUGUGAUAAAUACACUGCAAGCCGAAAUCCAUGUUUAUAAAGAAAGUAAGUCCCCGUCCCCCGAUGUUAAAAAACCGAAGGACUGGGAAACUUCAGAAAAGGAGGGUGAUGACUCCAUCACAGAAUUCAUGCUAGAGUCUGUGGUGGAAGAUCUGCUGUGCCAGAGUGAGGCUGCAAUUGAAAAGGAGGCUAAACAUCAGAAAGAGACUACAACUCAGAAAGAGGUUGGAAUAAGUAGUGAAAAGUUGUGUGAGGAAAUGGAGUUUGUUCAGGAAGAAUUCGUUCAAGCGAGUCAUGUGAAUUUAUUUAGUGUGGAAAAAUCAGAUAAAUUUGGACAAAAUAAAUCUGAUGAUGUCGAUAAUGAAGACAGUACAAAUUCAUUGGAGCAAAGUGCAAUUCUUAUUUCUCAAUAUGAAGAAGAAAUUUCCAAACUCAAUGAAAGUCUUGUAGCACAUAAGCAAUUGGAGGAUGUGAAAGAAAAGACACUUCAAUCUGUUUUAUCUGAACUAGAAUCAAUGAAAGAGGAAAAAUCUCAAGAUGAAAGUGCAAUCAGAUCAGUGUUAAACUUAGACCCAGAUAUUUCAUUAGAUUCAGAAAAUUUCCUUAAGAUUCUUAGGACAUUAGAAAACCAAAAAUGUCACCUCCUCGAAAAACUAGAAAAAGCAGAGGCAGAGAAGGAAAAACUACUGAAAAGGAUUCAAAACACUGAAACAGAUAACAUUUCUUGUGACAGUCUUAAUCUGGAAGAUUCUAUAGACGAAGAAAAUGUGGAAUCCAAAAUGGAAUCUCAACCUGAAGAAAUGGAGGACAUGAUGGUGGAUGAUGAAGAAGAUGGAGUUGAUGGGGCUCAAAACACUGAGAUGAUGCAAAUUGUCGAGGAGAUGGCACUUCCAGAGGACACUAUGCAAGAACCUGUCAUACUUAGCACUUCAGUUCCUGACACUGACCUUACUUCAGAGAGAGGACCCAGCCCUGCAGACAGAGCGAGAUCCACAGCCGACAGCACACACUCAGAAUCCGGUGACAUUAAGGUGAGCCCGUGCAUGCUUUCAUCAGAUGCUGCUGCUUCUGUUAUUGUUCAUGAGUUAACUAAUUCCAGUUCUGUUGUUCAUGUUUCUGUUGAGAAUGUUUCUGUUCAGAGUCCACCUUCUGUUUCCACUGGGAUUGGUAGUGAUGGAGUAAGUGGUAAUUUUCAUGUAAAUCCUGAUGGUGAGAAUAGAAAUGAUAAUGUGGAUUUACCAGACACUAUUAUUGCUCUAAACAAAACAGUGGCAGGUGAAUUCAGUGAGGAUGUAAAGUGUGAGAUGGAAAAACAAAUUUCUGUGUUAGCUUCAGAAAAGGAAUCUCUUCAACUGAAAAUAAAAUCAGUAAUGGAGGAUUUAGACAAGAAAUCUUGUGAAUGUAAAGAUUUUCGGGAUAAGUUAAAUCAAGUGUCUAAUCAAUUUGAUGUGUUCAAAGCAAGUUUUUCAGAUAUAACAAUUAAGAAUGAGAAUUUAGAAUAUGACAACGAGGAACUUAAGGAAAAAUUAGAAACAUUACAGAAGGAACUUAAUGAUGUGAAAUGUGACUAUUCAAGUCUACAGGAUCAUUAUGAUAUGGUAGGUGAUGAAAACCAUACAUUAAAAUAUGAACAUGACCAGCUUUUGCAGAAAUAUGAAACAGUUGUGUCAGAAAAUUCCAGUCUGCUGGAAAGUUUGUCUGAUUCUGAAGUCAUGGGAUCCAAAAUCUUAAAAGAAAGUGAAGAUAUUGUGCAAAGAUUGAGUGAAUUAGAGGAGGAUAAUUCAAAACUAAGAGAGAGGCUGGACCAAUCUACGAAUGAAAAAUUAGCAAUGGAAACAGAAAUUGAAGAUCUCAUUAAAAAGUUACAGAGAGUGAAUUCUGACAAUGAAAAUUUACUGGUGGAGAAAAGUGAGUUGGUGGAAAAUCACAGGAAACUUAUUAAUGAAAUGAACAUUGUAGAAAAAGAGAAGCUGGAAAACUUUAGAAAAAUUCAAACUUUGCAGCAAAAGUUAGAAGAACAAAAACAAGCCAGCCAAGAAGUUAGGAAUACUAAGAUCUCGGAGCUUGAGAGUGUGAUUGAUGAAUUAAGAGGUCAGAAUAGAAUCCUGUCAUUCAACAUCCAGAGUGCAGAGAUGAGGAUCCAAAAGCAGUUGGAGGAAGAUGAUGAAAUAAAGAAAAGACAUCAGGAAGAUGUAAAAAUGAAAGAUGCUGAGAUUCAGAAAAUCAGAGAAGAACAGAGAAGCUUGUGGUCUUCAGUGCAAGAGAAAGACUCGGAACUUCAUAAAAUGGGAGAGAUUUUAAAAGAUUUUGAAAACAAAAAUCACCAACUUAAUAAGGAUAUGGAAGCUUUACAAGAAAUAAAGCAGGAAUUGACAGAUAAAUUAGUCAGACUGGAAGAAAAACUUGAAGCUAAAGAAAAUGAGUUGGAGUCAGUACAGAAACAAUGUAUGGAUUUAACAGAGACUUGGAAAGAUGCACAGAUUAAAAAUGAGGAACUUAAAAUUAAAUUUGCUGAACUUGAAGGAAAACUAGAAGCUGAAGUGAAAGAAAAAAUAUCAGCUCAGAAGGAGUCUCAGGAUCUGAUGGAAAGUCUGGAAGUAAAGGAGAAACUGGUGAAAGAAAUGGAAUUGAAAUGUGAAGGUCUUCUUCAGCAGAUUUCUGAAAAUGGGGAAAAGAUGAAAUCCACUGAGAAACAUUUGCAAAGUAGAGAAGAUGAAAUUAAGAAUUUGUUAUCACUUUCAGAAGACAGUGCAAAAAAAUUGGAAGAGGAGUGUAGUUUGAAAAGUUCUGAAAUUGAAAGACUUGCUGUGUUAGUAGAGGAAACAAAAUAUGCAAGUCAUGAACAAAAUGAGAAACACAAGAUAGACAUUUUAAACAGAGAACAAGAAAUCCAACAAAUUCAACAAGAAUUAAAGGAAAAAUCUGAAAAAGUCUUAAACCUUGAACAAGAGAUGCAACAUCAGGCAGAAAAAGCAAAAGAUGAAGAAAUCCAAGUUAAAGAACUUAAGCAGAUUAUUUCUAAUUUGGAGAAAGAGAUGGGAAAUGUAGAAUCAAGAAAUGUGGAAAUGAGUACAACAAAAGAUAGGGAAGUAUGUUAUCUCCAGCAGAAAUUGAAAGACUCUGAACUUCAGGUUAAAACGCUUCAACUUAAAAUGUCAACACUCGAAGAAUUAAACUCAGAAAUGGUAAAGAAGCUUGAAGAGAUGGAACAGAAAUGUAAAACAUUAAAAACAGAACUGAGGAAAGAAGUGGAGUCAAGGUUGGAAGAGAAGCAUUAUCAAAUUCAACAGCUGAGGGAUGAUAUUGGGGAUUUAAAGGAGAACAUUGGUAACAGGACACCACAAGAAGAAGUAGAGAAAGAUAGUAAUGUUCUGGAAUCUUUGGGAAAACUGGAAUCAUCGUUGUCUAAGAUUAAGUCGGACAUGGCAUUAACUGCAGGGCUCUCUGAAUCAGAAUCCGAAAUGAAAGUUGAUGAGUCAGAAUUGCAGUUGAUAGUUACUGAAGAAAAGUCAAUACCAGAGAAGACAACAGCAGGUACUGGCAAACAAGCAGUAUCCACAGAAUGUAGCAAUGAUAAAGCCAGAGUGUCUACAAGAGUUGAGAAUCUGGAAUUAAAGAAAACAGUUGACAGAUUAAUGACAACAGUUCAGGAGCUGGAGAAAGACAAAAACUAUCUCAAGAUUUGUCUUAAGGAGGCUAGGCAAGGGCUACGUAAGGGAGAAGAAGAGGACCUAGAGGUACUGAUGGAAGAGAAUAGUCAACUCAUGGAGGAAAACAAAGUCUUGACAAAAGAACUGGAAAAACUAACCAGUGAAGCCGCAGCAAGGAAUACUUGUAAUGCUGAAGACAUGACUAAGGAAUCUGAUUUUGUUGAAGAUAAUGCAGAAUUACAGAAAGAAAUGGAGAGAAAAGUAGAGCUUUUGUCAUCUGAAAAUGUCAGACUUAAAAAAGAUUUUUCAGACUUACAGGAUGAAAUAGAGAGAGGACAGAGUCAGAUAAUGCAGAUAACAUCAUUGUUUCAGCAGUCAGUGUCUUCUAAUGAGGUAUUGAAAAAUGAAAUUUUAUCCUUGAAAGAUGAACUGGAGUCCAUUGCUGAGACACGGGAGAGUGUGGAUGAGGCUUUGUCUAGUGUGGAGCAGAAAAUAAAGGAGGAUGAUAUCAGUGGAAAGAGGGAAAUUCAGCUUCAAGAGGAAAGCCCUAAAGUCAAGCAGAUCAGUGAGCUUUUGGUGUCAUUAACCUUAGCUAACUCGAUGAACAUUGUUUUGAAGGAAGAAAAUGAAACCUUAAGGAAUCAGUUGCUUGAGAAAGAGACAAGUUUGGAAGAGUUGACACACAGAUGCCAGGAAAAUGAAGACAAAGCAAAUGAAAUUCAAGAGAAUGCUAGGAUGUUAGAAAAAGAGAUAGAAAAUGUAAAAAGGAAUUCUUCUACGUAUGAGAAGGAUUUGAAUGAAAAAGAACAGAUAAUACAUGUGCUUGAGAAAAAGUUGAAGAUUGUUACAACAGAGAAUACAGAAAUGAGAGAAGAGAGGGAGACGAUUAUUGAAGAGGUGAAAGUCCACAGGGGUAUUACAACAGAAAUGAGGGACUCUGUAGAAAGAAGUCGUCAGGACGUGGUCAACAUUCGUAAAGAGCAGUCGCAGUUCAAAUCUAAAAUGGAUGAGAUCAUUGUGGAGAAAGAGAAACUAGCCAGAGAUCUGCUGAAGAAAGUUGUUGAAAUUAAGGAAUUGAGGGCAAAAAUAGGUGUCCUUUCUGAAGAAAAUGAUCAGUUGAAACAAACUCAAGAGAGGUUUGAGAAAGUUAAAGCAGAAAGGGAUGAGUUGAUCUCAAUUCAGGAGAAAUUGUUGGAAGAUUUGACAGAGAUGCAGGGCAGAUACGAAUCAGUCCACGCCUUGAUGGAAGAGACAAAACAGGAGUGUAAUAAUGAAAUGGAGAAACUACGUGAACAGCUUGGAUCUGUCAAUCGAGAUGUUGGGGGAUUAAAAUUGUCCAUUGAUAUUCUUCAAUCAGAACUUCAGUCGGCACAAGAACAGAGGGAUCAACUGAUGACAAGUCUUGAAGAAAAGGAUCAUCUGUUGGUAGUUACAGAAAAAGAGAGGCAGAAAGAACUGAAUGAUAAGUUUAACAAAGAGCUGCAGAACCAAAGGAGGGCUGGUGGUGGAUCUCAGGGGGUGGAGAGUGAAGUAUUUGGAGAAUCAAUGAUCCAAAACUCUUUGAGUGGUGGAUCUCAUGAUGUUGAAAAUCUAGUAGUGGAGAAUGAUUUGAUAGAAGAUUCAGUAAUCCCUCAGACUGUGAGUGAGAGUUGCAGUGUUGACACUGAAUUCAUGAACCAGAGGUCAGGCAGUGAAAAUCUCAACUUAGGGGAUGAGACGUCACAAUCAAAUGAUCAGAAUUUUGAAUCUGAGGAAAGAGUUGAUCACACAACUGAAUCUGAGGGAAGAACAGAUGUGGGUGCAGAUAAUAUACUUGACAGCGAGAAAUUGAGGGAAGCAGAACAAUUAAGAAAUACACCUGAAGAAGAUUUAAAUAUUGCUGGAGGCUCAGUGGUGGAAGAAUCAAAUAGAACUGAAGGAAGUGAUGUUAUCCCAGAAGAAGGAAUUUCUGAAACAGUCAUCAAACAAAGUGAUAAAGAGCCUAAAGAUUUUAACCUAGAAGAAGAAAGGGAAAACAUCCGUAAAGGGCUGAGUGAAGAGUAUGAAAGACAAAUAGAAGGAAUGAGGUAUGAAAUGGAAGAAAAACUGGAAAUGUCACUGAAGGACCAUGAGUAUGAGCUUUUAGGAAAAUUUGACAUGGAGAAAAGAGACUUGGUGAAGCAGAUGGAACAGGCAGUUGCUCAGAAAAUUGAAUCUGUCAAAGCAGAGAAACACAAGGAAUUUGUGGAGGCAAUGCAGAAAGUUCGGAAGGAUCACGGGAAGAAACUGAAGGCGGAGGUGGAAAAGAGGAAGGCAGGGAUUCAACAAAAGUUCCAGAAGCAGUUCCAGGAGGUCUGUGAAGAAAGGGACAAAUUAAUGAAUGAAAUCCAACAAAUGAAGCAGGGUUUGAAUCCAGCCCUUGAUGAUGCAGCAGAUGACUCUGUCUUUCGUGAGCAAGAUCGAGGCCACAACUCCAUAUUUAUCUCUGAAGAUGUUUCGCCAGAUUCUUCUUUAGACCUUCAUCAAGGGCAGGAAUGGUCCUGUAGGAAAUCUGAUUGUCAAAAGCUUUAUCAAAAUUUCAAAGAUUUGCUGGACCGUACAGCCAAUAUUGGAUUUGAUGCACCAGGAAGUGGGAAGUCUGAUGUCGUUAUGGAGGACACUAUUGUUGAACAAGGUUUUAAACCUGAAUUGAUUGAUGUUAAUUCUGGAGGCGAUGGACUUCAAAACAGGGAGAAGAAUCUCAGGUUAGAUUCCUUGAGAAGGCGAGGGUCAGAGUUUUUGAAUGAACAGGGAUUAGACUGCUUAAAAGUCAGUGUUAAUGAAGUUCAGAGUAUUGAGCUCAAACAAGGCUUUCAACCUGAACCAACUGACGUGAGAUCAGAAAGUGAAUUAGACGGAGCUUACGGUGGAAUGGAACAAGGCUUUAACCCUGAAGACAGCGAGUAUUUAAAAGACAUCCGAGAUGAGGAUCUACAGGCCAGCAGGCUGAGUCUUAAUUUGGACACAAGUCGCGAAGAAAGAAAUAUUCAAAGAUCCUUUUCUGCUGAACCUCCUCAGUUUUCACCAGGAGAGAGAAAAAGAGUGGUUUUCCCUUUGUCUGCACCAGUUCAGUAUUUCAGAACUGAUACGGAUGAAGGGUUUAUUCCAUCUGAAAAUCAACAGGACCAACCAGACUCCACAGAGUACUUUGGGAUAUCAGAGACAGAAUUAUCAGAUAUGGAAAGAACUCAUCUGGAAAAACUUUUGAAAGUCAAAGAUUUCUUUGAAGAAAAAAUUAAAAAGGCAAUGGAUGAAUUUUCCAGAGAAAAGUCAGAAUUAUUGGAAAGGUGUCAGAUGUUGAACACAAAAAUUGAAAAUGAGAUUCUUUUGCGCCAAGGACUUGAACAAGAGCUCAACAGCCUUGUAGAAGAUAUUCCCUCCGCUGGAUCAAAAAAUAAAAUUGGGUCGUUAAUGCCUUCAGCAGAAAUGGAGGUAAAUACUGAUGAAAGUGGUGACAGGGAAAGGACAGAAGUGAAAGUGAAAGCUGAUUCGUCUGCAGCAAAGGAUGCAAUGGAAAACAAACUCAAAGGACUAACUUUUCUUUAUGAAAAAGAAAAGAAACUCAAAGAUAUUCUUGAAGAGAAGCUAAAUGAAGAAAAGUUAUACAGAAAACUUUUGGAGGAGGAAUUAAAAUCUCAGAAGGAAGACACAGCAGUACCAGCUCCAUUAAGUGCUGGCCUUCCAUUUUCAGGACGACAUGGCAGUGGUUUGUCAAGAAAUGGAAGACCUUUCGUUCAGCGACAGUUCUCUUAUGAGGCAGAAGAUGCUGGAAACAGAGUUGGAGAUACCUGGUCAGCGCUGAGAUUGUUCUCAAACGAGCAUUACAAGGAGAUGGAAAGCAGGGUUAACCAAUUAGAAUUACAGAAGACAUUUUUGACAGAAAAAAUCCGGAUUGUGGAGAGCUUGAAUAAUAGUGAGAGGAAGGCUUUGGUAGAGAAGAUUCGAAAGUUAGAGAGUGAGUUAAGUGAACUGAGACAGGGUUCAGUUUUUGUGGAAGAAGAAGAAGAGGAGAUGGUCGUGGAAGGGGGAUCAAGCCGACGCAACAGUGUACCAGACUUCAUGACAGAAGAAGGUGUGGAACAGAUAGAGGCUCAGACUAAAGAGGAUACUGCAUCAGGGACAGGUGAUGAAAGCUUUGGAAUUGUAAGAGAUCAAGAUAAAAUGAAGACCAGUGUUAAAGACAUAAGUGCACCACUCAAUAAGCAGGAUCAAAACAUUAAAGCAACAGAAGAAUUUUUUUCAAAAGAAGCAAAAGUGGAAGAAUUUGAGAGCGAUAUUGUGAAACUGACUGAAACCUUGAACAGUUGUCAGAAGGAAAUGGAAAUUCUGAAGAGAGACAAUUUAUCCUUGCAGCUUGAAAUGAAAGAAAAAGAUGAUUUUAUGGAUCAUGUAGAGAGCAAGACAAAAGAGCUGGUGUUCCAACUAAAGAAGAAAAAGGAAGAAAAUGAUGAAAAUAAACUGAAAAAUAAAGCAUUAAGUGAUGAGUGUGUUAGCCAAGAGAGAAUAAAUAAGGAAUUACUGAGGGAAACUAGUGCUCUAAAAGAUAAUUUAAUAGAAGAGAAAAUGGUGAUUGAAGCCUUGCAGAAAGAGAUGGAGGAGUUAAGAGAUAGGAGGGUUUCAAUUGCUCGAAGUGACAAAGAUUGUCAAGCUGACUUUAGUAAAGAUCAGCCAAGUGGUGAUAUGAAGACUGGGUCAACCCAGACACAAUUUGUAAGAGAUAAACAGAGUAAGGGAACUCAUGUGGAGGUUAAAACAAUAGACACAGAUGCUCAAACUGAUUCGAGUCAAAUUAUAUCUGAAAGUGAAGAGACAAAAUCUGACACAGAGAGAGAACAAGUUUACAGAGAGAGGGAAACAAGAACGGAUUCUCAUGUCAGAGUUGAAAAGGCUGAGAAAGAAGUGCAGACAGCUGUUUGUGCAAUUCUGAUUGAAAAUAAACAGACACAAACUAAGAAAGACAUGAAUCAAGAGGAUUCUUUAAAGCUGCAAAGAGAGUUGUCGUCAAUAAAAACUGAUCUUAAGAAAAAAGAAGAUUACAUAAAAAAGCUAGAAGAUGAAUUGGAUCAAGUAGACUCUCCAGAAAGAGAGGACAUUCAAGAUUUUCAAGAAUAUCAAGAUAAAAUGGAGAAAACCUUGAAAGAGAAGGAAACUUACAUACGGAAGCUGGAGGAACAUUUACUUGGGAGGCAGACACCAGAGAGAAACCUGAAGUCACUCCAACAAAAACUGAGUUUGGAUCCUCCUCAAGUGGAAUGCAGUGAAGAUGUUGAAGAAGACCUUCUUGAAGAGGAAAACACUACACCCAGGGGUAAUGAAGAGGAAAACCAAUUUGAAGAAGAGGUUGGAGAGAGAUCAGAUGUGAAACCCCUUCUACCAUGGAGAUCACCACUUGAUGAUGAAUCAAGUUACAGUGUCAGGAGUACAUCACAUUUAGAGAUCUCCACCAAUGUACCUGAAAGUAUUCCUGAGGCUUCGGAUUUAUUUUCGCCCUCAGGUUCUUCAGUUUGUAGCGGGAGUGGAGCUUCGACGUUCAGUGGGGGGAGCUGGGACUGUAGAGGGGAGCCUAUUGUCUCAGGACUGGGGCCAGAUGAAGAUGGGCACAAGGCUUUAGAAAAUAAGCAUUUUGAACUCAUCGAUGAAAUUUCAAACUUGCGGAAGGACUUGAGUGAUACAAAGUCAAUUUAUACGCAAGAGAGUGCCCUCUUGCAGGAGGCUCUAGAAAGAGAGAAAUGGAUGUCUGGCAGUCUCAGAUCAAAGCUUGGAAUGUCCAACACAGUAGUUAACUUUAACCUCUCAGCAGAGCUGGUGUCAAUGAGACAGAAGGUUUCAGUUCUGCAAGAAACAAAUAAAAUGCUUCAGAUGGAAAAUGACAAAUGGCUGAAAAGAGUCCAAGAGCAGGAGAGGUUAGUGAUGGAGUUGAAAGGUCAGCUUGGGUCAAGUGAAGAGUUAGUAGAGAGAGAAAAAGAUGAACUGUUUACUCAGCAGGUGGCGCUGUUACAACAACAGAGGCAGGAGCUGAUUGACAAGUUAAAGGAGAGGGAACUAGAAAACAACAAGUUGUCCAGUAAAAUCGGGGACCAGAUGAUUCUGGAAGAGAAUCUCAGAAGAGAGAAGGACUUGCUGAAAGUGAAACUAAGUGAAAGAGAAAGUAUAGAAAAAGAACUCAGUGAGAAGAAAAUGGAAUUACAAAGGCAGAUAGGGUAUCAGAGGAAACUUGAGGAUAUUAUUUAUCACAAGAAUUUAAUUGAGAAAGAACUGAUGAGACAGAAGCGAUUACUAGAGAUGGACUUCUUAGAAAUUGAAGCUAAACUGCAAGAGAAAGAAGAGUUGCUGGAAAUUCAGAGAAAUCAAUUACUAAGAGAACUAAAGAUGAAGGACCAGAUCUUGGCAUUUGGGAGUGGGGGGAGGUCAGAGUUAACGACUGUAAGGUCGAGGUUCAUGCCCUCAGGGUCAAGGGUUCAAAGUCCAGCUGUGUCUGAGUCAUCCAGUGGUGGACCAGUAUCUUCUAUGUCUGAUCAUUUCAACGCAAAUGUCUCAAGGUCGUCAGAUCGAGAGGCAGGCCGGAUCCAUGUGAUGCUGACAGAUGCGGAGAAGGAACACAUUAAUGCUAUCGAAUUUCUGAAAGGAAAAUUAAAGACUGGGACUGAGCAGAAUCUACAACCAAGAAGCAGUAAGUCCACAACAGAAUCUAAGCAACAGAGCAGUGGGUCCUCAGACAGGACAGCUUCACUGGAGAUGCUGAGUCAUGGGGAAGCUACGUCAUCUGAUUGGGCUCCAACACAAAGAUCUGAAUCGGAGAGAAAUCUUCAUAGGAAAGAUACUUAAUAAACUUGAACGAGUGACACAUUCCUAAAUCAGACACGUUCUGAACUGCACGAGUGUACUUGAUAAAUACAGAAAAAUACUGAAAAGACUUGAUGAUUCACACAGACGAGAAGUGUAUAGUCAAUUGUUUUUGUGCUAUCACAACUAUAAGUCCAUAUUUAAAAAGUCCAUCACUACACUCUCAGUAGAAACACUAGGUUAUUAACAGCUUGUAGUUUUUAUAUUAUCUCUAUCUCUGCAUUGCAGAAUUUAUAACAGAUGUAUAGUUUUAGGGAUAUCCUAAAUGUUAAUGCCUUUUAUAAAGGAGUGAGGGUCUCAUAUAAAAUAUUGAUGUGCCAAAGAAACUUUGUAUAAUGUUGACUGUGUAAAUUUGUAUGCAUAGCUUGAAGGUAUAUAUGUGGGGUAUGAUAUAUGUAUAUAAUCUGUGGUAUGCAGUACUUAAAAUAUAUGCAGAAUAUGUUAUAAUAUGUGCCUGUCUUUUAUAUGCAUGCUUUUGGUGAAGGAUUGAAAUGCUAUGUAUGUGUGCAAUAGAAUGUAUGAAUGUCUCAUGUUAAAGAAAUCCACUCUGCCUACAUUAUGCAUGUUUGAAAAAAAUUGGUGAGAGAAAAGGACUUUCACAAAAUGCUCAUAAGGUUUUCUUCUUUUUUCCAAAUUUCAUAUUCCUCUUAAGUUUGUAAUGUUAGUAGUGCUCAGUAAUUACAGUUGCAUGCUUUUACAAAUAAAAUUUCAGACAACAAAAUUUAUUUAAUGAUCAAAUCCUUGAUCAAUAUGGUUUAAUGAUUGCAGAAAGCUUAAGUAAUGCUUGUUGAAGAUGAUUUAAUACACAUUGGACUGAUACUGUGUCUCAGAAAAUCUAUGUGCAUGUGAAAGUCCUCUAUUUUGUCAAAUGCAUGAAGUUUUAAAAGAUUGUUGGAAAUACAAAUUCUUUGAAUCAACCUUGCCAAAAUCACAGAUGUAUACAUAUUGAUAUUUGUUGCAGGUAAUUUUAUAUCUAUCAAAAGAAACUUAUGCAAACAUUUUAAUUAUGAUUUAGAAGUAUAUAAAUAGUUUUAAAAGUUUUAGUUAUUUGGAUUGUUAUCCUUUUAAAUGUCAAAACAUUUUCAUUAAGAUUUUUGCUGAUUUGGGUUUGACUGUGAUAACACAAAAUUUGCAACAAAUUCCAAUUGUGUACAUGCAUUUCUGACACUGUGAAUGAUUAAGGGAAACAGCUUAUUAAAAUGAAAUUAAAUUAUUUGAAAUAGUUAAUAUGAACUGUGGAAUCAUUAUUUUUGUGUGUGUGUGGUGUGGGGGGGGGGGGGGUCAAUUUUUGUGUGCAACCUAAAUUUUACUCUUUUGUGGGAACAUGAUGUCAAGGGUAACUCAUACAAACUGAAAAUUGAAUGACGUCAUUUUCAAAACUCGGAUAAAAAAUCUUAAUUAAGGGCUACCUAUUAUAUCCACAAGAACUUAAUUAAUUAGAUCACCCAUAAACAAUAAUGAUUUCAUGAUUCUGUACUUUUUGUUUUAGAAAAAAAAGUGCUUGUUAUUAUAUGCCAUCAUUGUUUAUUACACAAAUGAAAAGAAAGUUGUGUAAAUUAAGUUCAUCAAGCACAAUUAUUAUGUCUUGAUCAAUUAAUCCUUUUGCAUGAUAGUAUUCAUAAAUCUUGGUGACAUACAAUAUCAUGUUGAUAAGUCAUAAAAAUAUGAUAAGAUUUCAGAAUCUUUUAUUUAUCAACUCUUUUGAGAUUAGAGGUAAAAUUAGCAUAAUAAUGGUGCUGUUGGAUAUUGUCAAAGUUAAUUCUUUUAAUGGUGAAUUUUAUUUGUAUUCAAAAUGCAAGCUGUACAAAUUCUCCUUCUUCAAGAUUAUUUAUUAUUUCCUUAUCACAGAAGUUUUGAUGUUGAAUGUUUGAGUGUGUGUACC